AUUUUGAGUCCUACGGGAUGGCGGAGCCGCCGACUGUGACCUCUUCCGCGGCCAGGAGCGCUCUCGGCCGAGCCACGCCACCCUUGGAGCAGCUGGCAGAGCCGCCUCGCGGGCUACUGGAAGUGGUGGAGAUGCAGCUGGGAGACGCAGCAUUUUCACUCACCAAGCUUUUGGAGGCCACAUCUGCAGUGUCAGCCCAGGUAGAAGAACUUGAAACCAAAUGUACUGAACAUGCUAGAUUUCUUAAAACAUGGCGGAGCCUUCUAAAAGAAGGAUAUGAUUCCCUGAAACCCACUGAGUGAUUUGAACACCCAUACAAUGUCGCUGUUUUAACUGUUUAAGGAAACCAAAGGCAAGACUGGCCAACAUCAUAUAACACUUUUCAUAUGGAGAGAUAGAACUACUUCAACAAGCCUUCAUUUUAAAUCUGUAAAGAGAAAACAGAACGGUGGUUUUUAACUUCAUAACACAAGCAAAGCAGCUCCCUUAAAUACCUUGAAGCAUGCUCACCAUACUGGAUAAUUUGUUCCUAGGGAACAACUGAAGGAAUAUGUGCUGUAAAAAAUUUUUCCUUAAAGGUCUGGAGAUCAGACUGAAAUAGUGAUUAAGAGUUUCAUUUGACUGUUACUUGGAAUUUUACUAGUUGUGGAUGACUGUAACACCUAUAGAAUUCAUUGUAUAAGGCCUAUGGACUGUUAGGCUAAAAUAUUACGGAAAACAGCAGUGUUUAAUCCUCUUAAACUAAGUAACAUCCAACACUUUCUGCCCUAAAGAGGUGUGACUAUUGCUGUCUGGAAACUGGUUGCUGUUUUACUUUGUCUCUUGACAGCUUCAAUAUGUUCUUAAGAAGUUUUUAAAUCAUAUUUUUCUAUCUUGAACAUGUGAUCAGAGUAUGUUUUGACAAAAUAAACUGAGUAUAGAGCCUUAUGCAUGAUAGAUCAUAGAAUUUUAUCUCCUGCUAAAAGAUGCAAGUUCUCUUAUUUAUUGUGCAGUUCUGAUUACAUACAGGGUGCAAAUAUAUAUGACAGUGUGUAAUCUUUUAUCAGCAUAUUGUAAAUCUGAUACUUUGAAUAUAAAUUGAGGAAACAAUGUUAUUUGUAAACAAGGACUGUAUGCAAAAUAAUUUAGUUGCAUUAAGACCCAUUGAAAGCAAUAUGAUGAUUUAAUUAGUACUUUGUACCUAUUGAAAUCACUGGGUAAAUGCAGGUAACAUUCUGAAUCCAACCCAAUUACCUGCCUUUUGUUUUCAUGCUGGAAACAGCAUUUAAGUAAGUUAAAUAACAGGAAAACAAAUAAUUACAUUUCCAAAUAAAUUCAGUGUAUCUAAGUGUUACUAUAUUAAUAAAAGUAUAUUGGUAUAAGG